UGAAAAAUUAGAAACAUUGUCGACCAAACAUCAGGAGCAUUAUAGGGCUGAGCUACAUAGUUUCCGAGACGGCAUGACAGCUCUCAUGAAAAAUAUUAUAGUUCAGACGAAGGAGAUUACUUCAAAGGAUUGCAGUAUGGCUAAGAAAUACAAAGUUGACAUGAAAACGGCUACGGAACAUAUAGAACGCGAGAUACUCAACUGCUCCACGACACUGACGGAAGUCAUACGGCAGGAGCUCGGUAUCUUCAAGAGCGGGGAGGUCUCCAAGACCAUGAAGAAGGAGAUCAGGAAGCAGGUGGCGAAGUGUGAUGAUGAGGCGCAGCUGGCAGCUAAGGGAGCCUGCCUGGGACAGCUGGCUGUGAGCCUGGAGCUGCAGGAGAUGAAGUUACGGGUGGUUCAUAUAUUUAUGAAAUCCCGCAUGGAUUUCCACAUGUUAAGUCUGGAAGAAGCAUUGAAAUCAUGCAGCAUGCUGCCGACACAAAAACUGAUUGCGUUCUCCAGAACAGAGGUCAUCAACGUCAUCAACUGCAUGCUUGAAGGGUACACCAGCCCUUUGACCGCCUUAGAUUUUAACCUGAAAACAAACCCAAUGAACACGCAAUUGCGGUCGUCAGUAGCUCUUCCGUUGAAUGACUAAGUAGGUAGACCUAUUUAGUCAAAAACGAAAUACCUACCUAACUAUAAAAUCCAAAUAAAAACCAAAUUGACUUUAAUUUCAACUCCUAAGCUCCCGCCACGGUGGGCACAGGCAGCGCAUCGGUGACACCGAA